CAGAUGAAGAUAUAAUUUAGUUUACUUAAAUUAAUAUUUUGUCUCCAAUGUACUUGACUUUGAAACCCAACAACUUGCAUAGUCACAUGGUGGCGCUGCAGGAUAGGAUGAGAGAAUCUUUCACACCAGCAGCUCCGGUUUCUGUUAACCAGCAGAAGCAAAAGCACUGGAUAAAACUGCACUCGGGCUCUCGACAAAGGUGGGGCACCCACCAGACCAGAAAGGAUCACAAAUCUAUAAAAUCCCAAAGGUCCAGAUGAGCAGAGCCGCUCUCUGAGCCACCAGAGACUGAGUGGAAACCAUACAGCCUAAGGAAUAAUGGAGUCUGUGUUUGGAGCUGCUCAGCAUGUAAGGCAAGUGCUGGUUUUCUUUGUUUUCCUGGAAGGGUCCUUGGUUCUUUCGGAGACCUGGAGUUAUUCUGUGGCAGAAGAAACGGAGACUGGCUCCUCUAUAGGUAACAUCAUUAAAGAUAUGGAUGUAGGUGACCUGGCUGCACGGGGGGCCAGAGUUAUAUUUGAUGACUACCAGCCUUAUUUGCAGUUAGAACUGGAGACUGGCAACUUGCUUUUGAAUAAAAAACUGGACAGGGAGGCACUUUGUUCUACCAGUGAACCCUGUAUAUUGCAUUUCCAGGUGUUAUUGGAGAAUCCUCUGCAAUUUUUUCAGGCUGAGCUUUUGAUUGAAGACGUAAAUGACCAUACCCCCACAUUUCUAGAAAAACUCAUAUUUCUAAAUAUCUCAGAAGGUGCUACUCCAGGAACCUCGUUCCAAAUGGAUAAUGCUCAAGACUUGGAUAUAGGAAUGAAUGCUAUCCUAAACUAUUCAAUUAGCCCUAACCCCUAUUUCUACCUUAAGUUAAAAGACAGUGGUAAAGGAAGAAGAUAUCCAGAGCUGGUACUGGCUAGAUCUCUGGACAGAGAAAAGGAGGCUUCAAUUAGCUUAAUACUAACAGCCAUAGAUGGUGGGUCUUUGCCCAGGACAGGGGCUGUACAGGUUCAAGUCGUGGUUCUGGACGUCAACGACAAUGCCCCUGAGUUUGAAAAAACCCUGUAUGAGGUCCAAGUACCAGAGAACAGUUCCGUGGACUCACUAGUAAUCAAGGUGUCUGCUAAAGAUUUAGAUUCAGGAAUAAAUGGAGAGGUAUCUUACUCGUUUUCUCAUAUCUCUAGAGAUGUACAAAAAACAUUCGAAAUCCAUCCAAUCUCUGGUGAAAUCCACUUGAAAACAGUCCUAGAUUUUGAGGUAAUUCAGUCUUAUACAGUAAAUGUUCAAGCCAUUGAUGGUGGCGGUCUCUCUGGAAAAUCAGCCAUUAUUGUUCAGGUUACAGAUGUGAAUGACAAUCCACCAGAAAUAGUCAUUACGUCCCUUAUGAGCCCUAUCCAAGAGAACAGUUUGUCAGAGAUGGUGGUUGCCAUUUUCAGUUUACGUGACCAGGACUCUGGUGAAAAUGGGAGAAUGAUUUGUUCAAUUCAAGACAAACUCCCUUUUCUCUUGAAACCUACUUUCAAAAAUUUCUACACUCUAGUAACAGAGCAUCCACUGGACAGAGAGAGCAGAGCUGAGUACAACAUCACCAUCACUGUCUCUGACCUGGGCACACCCAGGCUCACAACUCAGCACACCAUAACAGUGCAGGUGGCAGACAUCAACGACAAUGCCCCCGCCUUCACCCAGACCUCCUACACCAUGUUUGUCCACGAGAACAACAGCCCCGCCCUACAUAUAGGCACCAUCAGUGCCACAGACUCAGACUCAGGCUCCAAUGCCCACAUCACUUACUCGCUGCUGCCGUUCCACGACCCACAGCUGUCCCUCGCCUCACUCAUCUCCGUUAACGCAGACAAUGGGCAGCUGUUCGCCCUCAGGGCACUGGACUAUGAGGCCCUACAGACCUUUGAGUUCCAUGUGGGUGCCACAGACGGAGGCUCGCCCGCACUCAGCAGCCAGGCUCUGGUGCAUGUGGUGGUGUUGGAUGAUAAUGACAAUGCGCCCUUCAUACUCUACCCACUGCAGAACGCCUCAGCACCCUGCACUGAGCUGCUGCCUAGAGCAGCAGAGCCUGGAUACCUGGUCACCAAGGUGGUGGCUGUGGAUCGUGACUCUGGCCAGAAUGCCUGGCUGUCUUUUCAGCUGCUCAAAGCCACGGAGCCCGGACUGUUCAGCAUAUGGGCACACAAUGGUGAGGUGCGCACCACCAGGAUGCUGAGUGAGCGCGAUGUGCCCAAGCACAAACUGCUGCUACUGGUCAAGGACAAUGGAGAGCCUCCGCGUUCUGCCAGUGUCUCGCUGCACCUGUUGGUAGUGGAUGGCUUCUCUCAGCCCUACCUGCCUCUGCCAGAGGUGGCGCUCGACCCUACAAACGUGGAUGAGGAAGCGCUCACACUCUACUUGGUCAUUGCCUUGGCAUCUGUGUCUUCUCUCUUCCUUUUGUCUGUGCUGCUGUUCGUGGGGGUGAGGCUGUGCAGGAAGGCCACGACAGCCUCUCUGGGUGGCUACUCUGUGUCUGAGGGACACUUUCCUGGCCACCUGGUGGACUUCAGCGGUGCAGAGACCCUGUCCCAGAGCUACCAGUACGAGGUGUGUCUGACAUGAGUACAGGAUUCCAAAGAUAAUCGGUUCCUAAAGCCUGUCUCCCAACCUUGAGUGGGCUGUGAAUUGCAUAAAAGAAAAUUCCUCCUCUAUGAAUGGUUUAGGAUGCAAUUAGCAAUUUGUUGACUCGCCACAGUUCCUGAUGAACAUUGGUUCUUUCUAAACAUUCUCGUUUUCUAUUGUUUUCUCUUCAUCAGGAACUUGUAACAUUUUGCCUUUAUUUUCCUAAUUCAGGAGAUGAUUACUUCCAUGUAUAUACUUACAGGUUGGUCUCUUUUAAAAAAAUCAUUUCCUGAUGAAGACAGAGAAUUUUACUCACUACUGACAAGUCACAGUUUCAUCAAUUUGUUAAAUUCUCAAAAUUAAUCAUUAUUGAUUUGAAAAUCCUCACUUUCAUUCUAUUUGAUUGUUGUCCAGAAAAAAAUGAAAGCAUUGAUGUUUUGAAGAUAAAUGUGAUAAAGUUAAUGAGUUAACAGUG